AUGUCCAAAAAAGACAGAGGCUAUUCCGUUGAGUAUGUUGCUGAUGUCAACGGUGUGGAUGUAGCAACCGUAGCCUGGAAAGAUAACAAAGUAGUAAAUUUAGCAUCCAGUUUUGUCGGAGAAAUGCCAAAAGCACAGGUGAGGCGGUAUGACAAGAAGACCAAGCAGUACAUAACAAUUGAUCGUCCAAAUAUUGUUGGAGAAUAUAAUCGCCACAUGGGUGGCGUAGAUCUUAUUGAUAGCAUCAUGGGAUGCUACAAAAUACGGCUUCGUAGCAAAAGGUGA